AUGGCCCUACAACUAGCCAUCCUCUCAGGCAUCGUUGCGCUAUGGGUAGUGUCCAGCAAGCGCGACGGCAUCGUGGCGGUGCCCGACACGCCGUCCUCCCUGUUCGACUCGGGCGGCGUAUCCAUGUCCAGCGCGCGCCUGUGGACCUACGCGCUGCUGUGGACGUUCCUGCCGACCUUCAUCCUGUCGCGGUAUGGGGACUGCUUCGGCGCGGUACUGGACGAGCUCAAGUCGUCGCAGCCCACCAUGGAGCUGUGUUCGCCCUCGGGGUCUUGGGAACCCACCUGCCACGCCCCUGGAUGCGGCAAGGAGCAUCGGUGGGAGGGCAAAUGGGAGCUGUACACGCCGCUGCGGUUCCUGCCCGUCAUCUUCAAGUACCACCAUCGUAUGAUCCGGAGGCGGCGUCAGCGGGCUACGCCUCAGCAGACCAUCCUGCUUGACUACGGCAGCCUAGGCUACUCGCUGCCCAUCUACAACGCGUGGCGAGCCCUUGGAAACCGCCACUUCCUCGUGGCCGCGUGCAUGCUCGUCAAGUCGGCCCUCUCGGUGGCGAGCGCCCUGGCGUCGAGCAUCCUGGCCGUGGCAACCGUCGUCACCUCGGUGUCCGUCACGCUCCACGCCGACAGCUACGUUUUCGACAGCUGGGACCUGUCGUCCACCUACUCGAACAGCACCUCGCUGCGUCCGGCCUUUGACCUUGUCUCGGCCACCGUGGUCAAUUACGCGUCGCCCUUGCCGUGGAUGACGCCGAGCCAUUCCUUCCGCCCCUUCUACGGCGACUUCUCGCCCGAGCCACUGUCGACCGUCACCGCGCUGACCACGGCCUACUCGGCCACGCUCGACUGCGACAUCCUCGACCCACAGGCCCUGGGCCGAGCGGGAGAGGUCUACAUGGAGGGGCAGGUCGGCAGCGCCGACGGCGUGGUCAACUUCAACUUUACGCAUCGCGGCUGCGCCGUCUUCAAGUGGCUGCGCCUCAUGGAAGCGCCGUCGACCGUGUACGUGCGGAGCUGGGCCGUCACCGACUGCAGCCUCGCCAGCGGCAGGAUGCGCUAUGGCUUCUUCGCGGGCGUGUCCGACGCCUCGGCUGCCCUGGGGCUGUCGAACCUGACGCUGGUGGCGUGCCAACCGGUCUUCUGGAACUCGUCGGCCCUGGUCACCGUGUCCGCCGCCAGCUCGCCAGCCCCCAGCGCCCCCAAAACAAGCCAGGGACAGAGUCCCGAGUACGGCCAGGUCAUCUCGUCGUCCAUCCUGCACUCUGACCCCUUCAUCCUGUCCUCCUACGGCACCUAUCUCGGCGACAUGCCCCUGUACGCCCCGACGGACCCGUCCGAGGAGUUCUCCAUGGACACGGUAGGCCGGCUCUCGUACGACUGCGCCACGGAACAGAAUGCCACCGACGCCCUCAGCUCGACGCUCCUGACGGCCGCGUUCCAGACCGUCUAUGGCGCCGUCUUCGCCACCAUGGUGAGGCUCGCGGGACUGAAACACACCAACACCAACACCAACACCAACAGCACCAGCACCAGCACCAGCACCAGCCCGCCCGCGGACGCCGCAGCGCCGGUGAUGGAUGGCCUGCUAUCCAUGCCGCAGAACCGCCUGUUCGUCGUCCGCUGGCCGGCCGCCGCCGUCAUGGCGGCCGUCGCGGCCGCGUUCCUUGUCACCGUUUGGACGGCGUUCUACGCCGCUAUCAACGCGCCGGCGCUGCUCCAGAGGCAGGACCUAAUCCUGGGCCAUGCCAUGAUGGUGAUGACGGACCACCCGAGCCCCGACUCUGACUCCGAUAUGGCCCGGUACAUCGCUGCAGUCAAGGCCGAUGCGCUGCAGUGCGUGCGCGAUGGUGGGGAGGAUGAGGAGGGACGGCGGAGCUCGCAGUACACGGGCGAGAAGAAUAGCGCGCAGAUCAAGCCACCACCCUCUUCGGACGACGAGCAGCGGUCGCUGCGGGGGAAGGACCUGGUGGAGCAUGCGGGCAAGGCAGAGGGCUUGCGUGACUGGGAGUGCUGGCUCGAGGGAGACGAAAUUCGGCUCCGCAAGGUUCCGUAUGAUGAUACUGGUGUUAAUCCGGGCAAUCAGGCGGUUUGA